AUGUGGAAGCUCAAGUUUGCGGAGGGAGGGAGUCCGUGGAUUCGGUCACUGAACAAUCACGUUGGAAGACAGGUCUGGGAGUUCGAUCCCAAGCUCGGAUCGCCGCAAGAUCUCCUCGAGAUUGAGAAAGCUCGCCAGAAUUUUCACGACAAUCGCUUUACCAACAAACACAGCUCUGAUCUCCUUAUGCGCUUGCAGUUUGCAAGGGAGAACCCAGUACAUGAAGUCUUACCCAAAGUUGGAGUCAAAGAUACUCAGGAUGUCACCGAAGAGAUUGUGACAAGAACAUUAAGAAGGGCUGUAACUUUCCACUCAACUCUACAGUCUCAUGACGGACACUGGCCUGGAGAUUAUGGAGGUCCCAUGUUUCUGAUGCCUGGCUUGGUAAUUACUCUGUCAAUCACUGGGGCACUGAAUGCAGUCUUAACUGAAGAGCAUAAAAAGGAAAUAUGCCGUUACCUCUAUAACCAUCAAAAUAAGGAUGGUGGGUGGGGUUUGCAUAUUGAAGGUCCAAGCACCAUGUUUGGCUCUGUCUUGAGCUAUGUUACCCUGAGAUUGCUUGGUGAGGGGCCUAAUGAUGGACAAGGGGAGAUGGAGAAGGCACGUGACUGGAUUCUAGAGCAUGGUGGUGCUACUUUUAUAACGUCAUGGGGGAAGAUGUGGCUUUCAGUGCUUGGAGUGUACGAAUGGUCUGGAAAUAAUCCCCUGCCCCCAGAGAUAUGGCUCCUUCCAUACACUCUGCCAUUUCAUCCAGUUAAGCUUUGGCACAAGGAAGGAUGUGGUGUCACUGCCGGAUGGUCUAUUUGCCAAUGUCCUACUUAUAUGGAAAGAGACUGGGAUCAGGCUCGCAAUUUGUGUGCAAAGGUUAGUGAAACUGCUCAACUGGGUCUACCAAAAUAUUAUGAUAAUUGUUUCACUUGGAUUGUUUCAUUUGUGAGGCAUGCAGUAGAAAAUGCUGGAUCUACUCAUACUAAUCAUUGCAUUGAAAAUAGCAGUCUUACAUUACCCCUCUCUGUUUGGCUUCUUUUUCUAGUGAAACCAUAUGAAGACUUGUACUAUCCUCACCCACUUUUGCAGGAUAUUCUUUGGGCAUCUCUACACAAGUUCCUUGAGCCAAUUCUGAUGCAUUGGCCUGGAAAAAAGUUGAGGGAAAAGGCUAUUAGUUUGGCAAUGGAGCAUAUACACUACGAAGACGAGAAUACACGAUAUAUUUGCAUAGGUCCUGUCAAUAAGGUAAUUGUUGAAGGGGUCAGGGAGCUAGGUCCUCCUUUCAAAUUGAUCAUUGUGUUAAAUAUGCUUUGCUGUUGGGUGGAAGAUCCAAAUUCUGAGGCCUUCAAGUUGCAUCUUCCAAGGAUUUAUGAUUAUCUAUGGAUUGCUGAAGAUGGAAUGAAAAUGCAGGGCUACAAUGGAAGUCAAUUAUGGGAUACUGCUUUUGCUGUCCAAGCAAUUGUUUCUACUAACCUGAUUGAAGAAUUUGGUCCAACUAUAAGAAAAGCUCAUACCUAUAUUAAGAAUUCACAGGUAUUAGAAGAUUGUCCAGGUGAUCUUAAUAAAUGGUAUCGUCACAUUUCAAAAGGAGCUUGGCCUUUUUCAAGUGCAGAUCAUGGAUGGCCAAUUUCUGAUUGCACGGCUGAAGGACUGAAAGCUGUUCUAUUAUUGUCCAAAAUUGCACCAGAAGUAGUUGGUGAGCCAUUGGAGGUGAAGCGAUUAUAUGAUUCUGUAAAUGUCGUUCUCUCACUACAGAAUGAAGAUGGUGGUUUUGCAACAUACGAGCUUAAACGAUCUUAUAAUUGGUUGGAGAUAAUCAAUCCUGCUGAAACUUUUGGUGACAUCGUGAUUGAUUAUCCUUAUGUGGAAUGUACAUCAGCAGCAAUUCAAGCUUUGGCAUCAUUUAGGAGAUUAUAUCCUGGGCAUCGCCGAGAAGAAAUACAUCGUUGUAUUGAGAAAGCCGCUACUUUCAUUGAAAAAAUACAAGCUUCAGAUGGUUCAUGGUAUGGUUCCUGGGGAGUUUGCUUCACUUAUGGUGCUUGGUUUGGGAUAAAAGGAUUGAUUGCUGCUGGAAGGAGUUUCAGUAAUUGCUCAAGCAUCAGGAAAGCUUGUGAAUUUCUGCUGUGUAAGCAGCUGCCUUCUGGUGGCUGGGGAGAGAGUUAUCUGUCCUGUCAAAACAAGGUGUAUUCAAAUCUGGAAGGAAACAGGUCUCAUGUGGUAAACACUGGAUGGGCUAUGCUGGCUCUUAUUGAUGCUGGGCAGUUAAGUAGUUUAGAGACAACUACAAAGGUAAGGCUGGAUGCGAUGGCUAAGAGAGAUCCAACACCACUGCACCGGGCAGCUGCAUACUUGAUAAAUUCCCAAAUGGAGAACGGUGACUUUCCGCAACAGCUAGAACUCUGUAAUGGAAGAAAUAGUGUGUUUAGUGAAGGUGACAAUAAAACAAACACAAAUGAACAUGAGCGUGCCCUCUGCUUCUUGUUCUCUGUUUGCGUGCGGGGGACAGAUUUUGCGGAGCCCGAGGUGAAUUCGGAGAAUCUCUACGUUUUGAAAUUUGAAUACAUCCUAAUGGAACGGUGA